GCUCCUAACCAAAGGUAAUCUGUGGGGCCCCUGAUAUAAAUGGUUUUCCAAAUGUAUCUGCCCCAACGCAAGUGAUUAUUAUUAAGCAAAAAUACAUUAUAAAAAAAUUUAAUCAUUAUAAAAAGAAAACACAAAAAUAAGACCAGGAAUUACAGACAUUUUCUGCUAAUUGACAUAUCGGUAAGCCACCCUUAAAACAAUUAAACCAAUUUAAUAUGAAGAGAGAGUGAAAUGUAGACCUUUUGUUUGUGUUUUUGCCCUACACUGUAAAAGACACAAGAACAGUCCGCUAUUUAGGUUUGUAUGGACUCACUCACUUUAACGUUAGCUAGUUUUAGCCAGAGAUACCUUGCUAAAGCACAAUGACAUUAACGUUCUGCUUGAGCAGAUGAAAAUUGUAACUUAAUGAGAGUAUGACAAGCAGAAAAAGCUAGGUGGGCGUGGCUUCGGCAAUCAGCUCCAGGAGUGACGUGUUGUGAUGCACUGCCAAGAUGGCGAUGGGUGGCUCUGCCUAUUUUAGGCUUCAAAAAUGCACUUUGUAAAUCUACGGGUGACGUCGCGGACACUACAUCCAUGUUUUUAUAUAGUUCCCACACAUUGAUUUAUUUGUGGUGGGCCGCCACAAUAUCUAAACGGACAGCCACAAACAGAUUUUCCAAAAGUCUUUGACUUCAUUGAAUAAACAUGAGCACUGUACGUUUCAAAAUCAAAAACUGGUCCAGGGGUCUCAUGUAUCAACCUUGCGUACGCACAAAAACUUUGCGUACGCCAGCUUUCACGCUCACGGUCGGAUGUACUAACAGUGAAAUUAACGCAAGAAUGUGCGUUCCUCCAAGCCAAUUUCAUGUCUGGCGUACGUUCAUUUCUCAUUGUUUUUGUCCGUUGGCGACUCUUACAGGCAAUAAAGUGAAGUUGCAAACAUUACACAACAAAUUGUUCUACAAGUCUCGCACCACCACCUGUGGGAAGCAUUGCAAUUAAUUUGCAAUUUAUAAAAUAAUUGACAUAUAUUGUCACACGAGCCUUUUUAUAAUUAUAUAAAUUAUGCAAUUAAAUAAGAACAUAUAAAAGCAUAACGGUUGAAACAACCCUUAGUCUAUGGCAAUGGCAGCGUUGGCCUUAUUAGAGGACAUUGCUAAUGGCAGAAUCAGAAGAGAACGAGUUUUUAGGGACCACAAUGAUUUUCUGGCCCAGGAUGAUGACUGGCUUAUCAGCCGUUUCAGAUUUCCAAGGGCUGUCCUCUUGGAGCUCUGUGCUGAGUUGGGUCCGAAUCUAGAGAGAGAGACAAUGAGGAGCCACGCAAUACCCGUUCCCUUGCAGGUGCUGACAACACUUGGUUUCCUGGCAACUGGUUCUUUCCAAAGGGAACUGGCAGACCGCUCAGGAAUAAGCCAGUCGUCUUUGAGCCGGGCAAUGCCAGUGGUAUGGGACGGGAUCAUCCGCAUGUCUGCCAGGUAUAUCAGGUUCCCAUAUGAUGCAUUUGACCAGCCAAACAUUAAAAUGCAAUUUGCAGCGAUAGCCGGUUUUCCUAAUGUUAUCGGAGCGAUCGACUGCACACACAUUGCUAUAAAGGCGCCAUCUGAAGAAGAAUUUGCAUAUGUGAAUCGGAAACAUUUCCAUUCAAUAAAUGUGCAGAUAAUAUGUGAUGCACAAAUGCGCCUAACAAAUAUUGUGGCAAGGUGGCCUGGGUCAACCCAUGAUUCAUACAUCCUUACAAACAGCAUGGUUGGGAUGAGGCUCCAAGCUGGCAGGGUGCGUGAUGGGUGGCUUCUUGGAGACCGCGGUUAUCCACUAAAGACGUGGCUUUUAACCCCCCUCACCAACCCACAAACUGACCGAGAGCGCAGAUACAAUAAUGCCCAUUCUCGCACUCGUUCAGUUGUAGAGCGGGUGAUUGGGCAGCUGAAAUGUCGGUGGCGCUGCCUUGACAGGACUGGGGGGAUGUUGUUAUACCGCCCUGACAAGGUGUGCCGCAUUGUGCUGGCCUGUGGUGUGCUGCACAAUGUCGCGCAUAGGCAUGGCAUACCACUUGGUGAGGUGGCAGCACCGCCAGAUGACCCCGACCCAGGACCAAUUUAUGUGCAGCCCAACCAACAAGCCGUUCAUGCCCGCCAACAUGUGAUUGCGACAAUAUAAAUGGUAAUCAGAGACAAAAGUUCACUUUUUGACCAAUUCCUUUAAUGAGUGGCUUAUGUCUGUGAGUGCGUCAGUGAUAUUUUUCAGGUGACUGUUAAUUUCCCCGAUGGCCAUAAUGAUUUGCUGUUGUGACUCCAAAACAGCAUGUGUCAAGACGCGACCAGACGGACGGGCGUCAGCACUGGGGAGAGCACUGGAAACGCUGGGCACAGUGGGCGCUGGCUGCUCAGGAGGGGCGGACUCCGAGUGCCCCUCCUGGGAAGUGGAUGUUUCGGCUGUUGCGCCAUAUGGGUCUAAAUAAAAAGGCAAAUGUUAACUGUAAUUUAAGUACGUUCCAUUUUUAAGGGGCACACACAUUUGCAAUAAAUGAAAUGGAUCCGUAAAAUCUCUGGUGUAUACUUUUGGUUCGCUACACUGAAUGCAUUUGACAAUGAAAUAUAGGUAUGCUAUAUGUACCAAAGUAAAAACAAACGAGAAAUUGGUUACCUUCGUCGCAAUCCUGUAAAUCGGAGUCUCCCACAGCAGAAGAUACUACUCCAGAGAGUAAAGUGUCACCCAUAAUUGAGGCAACUCUCUGCUCAAAGGGUGUAAGUUCAUCGACCCCUUUACCACUGCCUGUUCUGCCAACACUUUGUCGGUGCGCAGCACUUCUCCGUUUAACGUCCACCUUUAUAUCAGACCAUUUCUUUUUAAGCUCAUUUACAGUGCGACUUUCAGAUCCCACUGCAUUGACGGCUUCAGCCAAACUCUCCCACUCAUAUUUUUUCCUUUUGUUAUUAAUUCCAGAGGACAACGUUCCAAAUAAAAUAUGUUUUCUAGUCUCUACCUCCGAUAGUAGCACCUCCAAUUCACUUUCAGUAAAGUUUCGUUUCUUGCCGCUUGCCUUAGCCAUUUUCUUACUGCUAUCUUUUGCCAAAGUGGACUCAUUACCAUAUUUAAAUUGAUUUAAUUAGGGGAGGAGACUGGGUGGGGCGUUGUGCUCGUGCAUGUGCGCUCAAUUUUACGUUAAUUGGGAUGUACAAAGAGAAUAUGCGUGGAAUCCUUCGUACGCAGAGAUUCAUACAUCUGUUUUUUUUUGUGCGUACGCACAUUUACAGCUUUGUCCGUACGCAAUGUUUUAGUAUGAAUUCAACGCAAGUCUUUGUACAUGAGGCCCCAGGUGUUUUUAUAUCACUGUAUUUUAGAAGUGUUCCUGUGGCUCAAGUGGUAGAGCUUUUCGU